AUGAUGGUUCCUGGUAGGCGGGGUCGGCUGUCUCCGAUCCUGGAGACGGGUUUCGGGGAAGGGGUGCGUUACCUUAAUGAUUUGGACCGCAUAGCAGAUUUGACCUAUCUGCCAACUCAGCAAGAUAUACUUAGAGUUAGAGUCCCAACAACAGGGAUCAUUGAAUAUCCAUUUGACUUACAAAGCGUCAUUUUCAGAAUGGUGGAUGUAGGAGGCCAACGAUCAGAAAGAAGAAAAUGGAUACAUUGCUUUGAAAAUGUCACAUCUAUCAUGUUCCUAGUAGCAUUAAGUGAAUAUGAUCAAGUGCUUGUGGAGUCAGACAAUGAGAAUCGAAUGGAAGAAAGCAAAGCACUCUUUAGGACAAUUAUCACAUAUCCAUGGUUCCAGAAUUCUUCAGUCAUUCUGUUCUUAAAUAAAAAAGAUCUCUUAGAGGAGAAGAUUAUGUACUCUCAUUUAGUUGAUUAUUUCCCAGAGUAUGAUGGACCACAACGGGAUGCACAAGCAGCACGAGAGUUCAUCUUGAAGUUGUUUGUAGACCUGAAUCCAGACAGUGACAAAAUUAUCUACUCCCAUUUCACAUGUGCUACAGACACAGAGAAUAUACGCUUCAUCUUUGCUGCUGUCAAGGACACAAUCCUACAGUUAAACCUGAAGGAGUACAACCUGGUCUAA